AUGGAGGAGGCGAAGGUGGAGCCGGCGGCGCUGCCGCCUUUGGAUCAAAGCCAGGGCUGUGCUAAAACAGCACAUCUGGAUCAAAGUGUUGUGCUUGGCUUUGAGACAUGGAGAUUCUAUGAGCGACCACAAUUUUUGUUCCAGAUCAAAAAAGCCACUCAAGCCUUGCUUGCAUAUAAUGCGAACAAACAGAAGUCCAGAGACAAAGUGCUGUUGGACGUAGCCCAGAAUGUCUUUUUGAUGGUUACUGUCUGGAAAAUCCCACCAAAGGAGCAAGUAAUCAAAAUAAACCUGCCUCAUAGCAUUCUGCCAGACACAUCUGAGGUUUGCCUCUUCACCAAAGAUGAACCUGGCUUAACCGCGGAACAGACUGAGACCUUAUACAAGAAGUUGCUGGACCAACAUGGAAUCACACGCAUCAAUGAGGUCAUCUCGUACAAAACGUUCAAAACGGAAUACAAGCCCUUUGAAGCGAAACGCCGCCUCCUGAAUCGCUUUGCCCUUUUCUUGUCCGAUGAUCGUAUUAGAAGAUUGCUACCUUCGCAGAUGGGAAAACAUUUCUAUCAGUGUAAAAAGGCGCCUCUCUGUGUGGACCUGAAAGCCAAGGACCUAGCUAAGGAAAUCAGUAAGCGCAUCCAUGGAACGAUCCUCCCAGUCACUAACAAGGGCAGUUGCUACAUGGUUCGCAUUGGGCACACCAGCAUGGAAGCGUCAGAGAUCACUGAAAAUGUUAUGGCAGUGGCCAAAGCAGUAGCUAUCAAAGCUCCACAGAUCUGGAAAAGCGUGAAAGUUCUUCACCUCAAAACCAGCAAGUCCAUUGCACUUCCUGUCUUUCACUCUUCUCUCCAUGGUGUGGCCGCUGUUCAGAAAAAGAAAGGAGCCGAAAUCCAACAGACUCCGAAAAGAAAGAAAAAGAGAAGGAAGACUAAGCCGAAGGCCACGGGUCAGGCGGACACGAAAGACAACGUGAGUGGGGCUCUUGAAGCUGACAUGCCUAAAACGGACGGGGUGGAACCCACUGCCCUGGAAUCAAAAGAGGAAGAAGAGGAAGACAUUCCACAACUGGUUCCUAUGGAAACGCAACCCGCUGAGAAAAAGGAGGAGCAGGUGGCAAAACUGAGAUUGAGUGAAAAAAACCAACUGGAGAUGGACUUGCCGAGGCUCCGUAGCAAAAGAAAGAGCAUUCUUUUGGCAGAGAUUCCUGUUUCACAGCCAGAAACACCCGAAGAGGCCACAGCCUUAGAGAAAUCAAAUCAACAGAGGUCUGGUCGAAAAUCCAAGAUGCCCAAGGAAGAGUUUUUGGGAAAAAUGCAGAGCAAGGAUGCCCAGCAGCCCUUGGCGAAACCAACUGUGGUUCUUAAAAGGCUACAAGCUCCUAAAUCAGACAAGAAACCUAAAACCCCCAAACGGGAACUGAGAAAAAUGAAAUUGCCGCUGUCCCUUUGAGCGGAGGAAAAUGGGCUAUUUUCAUACCAAGAAUCAAAGCAAGGUUGGCAAAGAAGACGUUUAUUCAAUGCUGGCUCACUUGUAAAACAUCCUGUGUUUUGUUUUUUUCAUUGUGGGAAUAAAA